UAAACGUUGCUCAGGCUUCAAGAUGGCGGAAGCCCUGACAACCCAAGAAGAGGUGGCGGUGGAGGAGUUCCUGGCGGCGCUGAGAUGCCGAGAGCACUCCCAGAACGCCGCCCUCGUCAGCCAGAUCACCGCCGUCAAGUUCCUCAUGGCGCGCAAGUUCGACGUCUCCAGGGCCGUAGACCUCUUCCAGGCUUACAAGAACACCAGGAUAAAAGAGGGCAUCUUUAACAUCAACCCCAACGAAGAACCUCUGAGGACCGAACUGUUAAGCGGCAAAUUCACAGUUCUGCCGGGGCGUGACGCGAACGGCGCGGCGUUGGCGCUCUUCACGGCUCGUCUCCACCGGCCGGACGUCACCACCCACAAGGCCGUCCUUCAGGCCAUCAUUUAUCAGCUGGACAAGGCCAUCGAGAGCCCUCAGACCCAGAGAGACGGACUCAUAUUCAUCUACGACAUGACGAACUCCACCUACGCCAACUUCGACUACGAGCUCUGCGUCAAGAUCCUAAACCUCCUCAAGGGUGCUUUCCCCGCCCGACUGAAGUGUGUGUUCAUCGUGUCGUCGCCGCUCUGGUUCCGGGCGCCGUUCGCCGUCCUGAGGCUGUUCGUGCGGGAGAAGCUCAGAGAGAGGGUGUGUACAGUCAAAGCGCACGAACUGGCCAAUCACAUCCCGGUCAGCUCUCUGCCCGAGCACCUGGGUGGCACCUCCCAGUACAGUCACGUGGCCUGGAUCCAGUCGUGCGUCAACUCCACCCCGAACAGCUCGCCGGGCGCCACCGCCGACUGUCUGGGCAGCCUGCUGCACUCCUACCGCCGGGACCGCAACCGGGCUGCCGACGCCCACCGCGGCGCCACCGUGCUGGACGACGGAAACGCCAACCCUCACGACCUCCGGCACGCCGUGCACUGGAACGGCCUGAACGCCAACGUCCCGAACGGCCGCCAGCCCCCGCCCCCUCAGUCGGACACGCCCCCGGACACGCCCCUCCACCACAAACACGCCCCCGACACGGACUCCGUCGACGCCGAGCAGGAGGACGACCUUCCCGACGACUCGGCGGAGCUGGAAGACGGAGUCCCGCCCCUCCCGCAGAAGUCCUCGCGGCCGACGCCCCUCUCCCGGAGUCCCGCCCACGAGUCCAGCUGGCCAAUAGGAAGCGCCUCUGUACACACGGCCGAGCCCGGCGGCUUGAGCGUGCACGAGCUGGUGCAGCACGUCAAACACAAGAAGAAGAAAGGGAUCUACCAGGAGUACGAGGAGAUCCGGAAGGAGCCGCCCGCCGGAUCCUUCGACUACUCCAAGAAGUCAGCGAACCAGGUGAAAAACCGCUACAGCGACGUCCUGUGCCUGGAUCACUCCCGCGUCCGGCUCUGCCCUCUCGACCACGAAGACGACGACGACGACGAGACGUCGGACUACAUCAACGCCAGCUUCAUGGACGGCUACAAGACCACCAACGCGUACAUCGCCACUCAGGGUCCUUUGCCGAAGACGUUCGGUGAUUUUUGGCGAAUGGUGUGGGAGCAAAUGGUGCUGAUCAUCGUCAUGACGACGAGAGUGAUGGAGCGAGGGAGGGUGAAGUGUGGACAGUACUGGCCCCUGGAGGCCGGGCGCACCGAGGAGUACGGCUGCUUCCUGGUGAGGAACGUGCACAUAGCCGUGUUUCAGGAUUUUAACCUCUCACAUCUGGAGCUGUACAACAGUCGGACCGGCGAGUGCAGAGAGGUGUCGCACUACCUGUACAUGAGCUGGCCGGAUUUCGGCGUCCCCAAGUCGGCCUCGGCGAUGCUGGAUUUCCGGGCCGAGGUGAAGCAGAGGCAGGACCUGGCGCUCCGGACGUCGUACCCGGAGUGGACGGGGCCCGCCGGGGGCCCUCCUAUAGUCGUGCACUGCAGCGCCGGGAUCGGAAGAACGGGUACCUUCUGCACGCUGGACAUCUGCCUGUCGCGCCUGGAGGACGUCGGGGCGGUGGACGUCCAGCAGACGGUGCGGCGCAUGCGCACCCAGCGCGCCUUCAGCAUCCAGACCUGGGACCAGUACUACUUCUGUUACCGGGCCGUCGCCGAGUACGCGCAGCAGACCGGACGCCUGGCGCCCGUCGAGUGGUCCGACACCGAGCUGGACACCGACAGCGAGUGAAAGGCGGGGGAUGCGCGCGCCAGGGGUGAGAAGAAUUCGGGGUGCCGGACGGGGUUGGGCACCCGGCUGCUAGUCGGGGCUCCGCCCCCCCCCUCAGGGGAGGAUCGGCUCGGCUCGGCCAAUCGGGCGGCUCUGAUCGAGUCGUCGCGCUGAAACUUGAAGCGUCCAUCCGUCCUCCUUUUUAAUAUAUCAGUGUUGCGCAAUCAGCUCGAGACUUGAACCUCUUUCUCCUCGACGCUACGUCCGUCCGUCUCUCGCCCCCCGCAAACCAAAGGUAUUACGUCGAACGCUUGGAUGUAUCCGGACCGGACCGGACCGUCGGCCGUGUAUAUUAAUGUAAGAUACGUUUAGAUAUUGUGCAUAAUAACCUUCGGAGGGAGGGACGAAAGGUCUUAAUAUAAUAUUCGGACAGUU